UUAGUCUCCUGUGAAGACACCUCAGAAACGCUUAAAAACAAGGCUUAAGACAGCAUAGGUUUUUUUAGCAUUCACUUCUAUUGAAGUGAAAUGGCAUCUGUUUAUAUAACUUUAGCAAUAAUAGGCAUGGUUUUCAUUUUGCCUGUUAUAAUACCAGCACUGUUUUUGGGGGCGUUAUUUUAUGAUUUUUUAAAUUCAGAAUUGCCACCUGGAAUUGACCAACCUCUAAAGCUUCGUUUUUUCCAUUCAUUGUUGAUUACAGCCAUGAUCUCGGGAAAGAUUUUGGAGAAGCUAGGGAUCUGCAGUGAUUUAAGCUUAUUGCGAGUUGUGCUAGAUGGAAUACCACCACGGAGAGAUUCAAAACUUCUUAUCAAAGAUCUCAAAGUAGAUGAGGUACCCUUGAGGAUUUAUCAGCCUAAACAGCCACCUACUGGCAAAAGAAGAGGAAUACUAUAUUUUCAUGGAGGCGCUGGCACAUUUGGGAGCAUUAGAGCCUUUGAAAGAAUAUGCCGCUAUAUUGCCAAAAAAUGCAACUCAGUGGUUGUGUCUGUUGGUUAUCGUUUGUCUCCUGAACACCCAUACCCAGGGCAAUAUUUCGAUUGUCUCAAUGCCACCUUAUACUUUAUGAGGAAUUUAGAAGAGUAUCAUGUGGAUCCUGCUCUCAUCAUCAUUAGCGGUGACAGCUGUGGAGCUAAUUUUGCUACGGUUAUUUGCCAAAUACUGCUGAAUAAAAGAGAUCUCCCAAAAGUACGUGCCCAGGUCUUACUUUAUCCAGGACUACAGGGGCUAGAUUUUCAUUUGCCUUCCUAUCAGCAGAAUGCUUCAGUCCCCAUAUUGUUUCGGAAGCUAGUUAUCUACUUCUGUUUUCGUUAUCUUAAUAAAGAACCAUCAGUUUUGGAAGAUGUCCUACAAAAUUGCCAUGUUCCCGAGAGUAUGAAACGGAAGUAUAAAAAAUGGGUAAGUGCUGACAUUAUUCCUGACAAAUUUAAGAUUAGAGGCUACGUACCACAGAAAUCUACUUCAUAUAAACCUGAAGUCCAUGAAGCAGUCAAAGAACUUUUAGCAAUAACAUUUUCCCCACUUUUAGCUGAAGACUCCAUUAUUUGCCAGCUCCCUGAAUCCUACAUUGUGACCUGUGAGUUUGAUGUGCUUAGGGAUGAUGGACUGUUAUACAAGAAGCGAUUAGAGGACAAUGGUGUUCAAGUAACCUGGUAUCAUUCUGAGAGUGGUUUCCAUGGAAUUUUAGCCUUUUUUGGCUAUGGGAUUUUUUCCUUUUCAUCUGGAAAAAAGAUAAUGGAUAGUACUGUGAAUUAUAUAAACAGUUUAUAAAAGUAUUUUUCAGAACAAAGAUGCAAGUCUUACAUUAUCCUUGGCGAAUUUAUACUUGGCAAAGAAUGUAAACACUUUUGAUUUAUGUUUUGGAUUUUGACUGCAUUUUAUACUUCCUAAUUUCUGCUUCUGCAGUGACUCUCAAACAAAUGUUAAGAUUAUUUAAAGCACCACCAUUCUAGAAAACAUUAUUAUAAAAACACACCAAUAAAACUGAGAUGCAGAAGUGAGGCACCUAGCAUAUACUGUUUUACUUCAACUCUAGCAAUUCUAGCAUCCUUGCAUGGCUGGCACACAUUCAAGGCAAGCUGCAAGAACAUCUCUUCCUGAAGAUCCUUCGACUGCCCAGAAGUGCUGAAGACAACUGGGGUCUACUUUGGCCCUUGUAAGAGACAGGAGACGUUUAGGGUAUCAGACGGAGAGCCCAGUGACUCAGGUUCUGUGAAGUUUUAUGUCAUAUAGUGAAAUUGCAGCUAUGCAUUUUAAUUUCUAGGGUUAGCUUGCACAAAGACUACACUUUUCGUGAAAAAGUGUGAUCAAAAGAAAGGCUUCUGUCUGAAGCAGAAGUUCUAAACUGGAACUAGUAUGGGUUUGAUUUUGUUUGGAAUCUGGGAAAUGAUGUUUCAUUUUGGAACUUGAUUCUUAAACUGGAAUCCCUGAACUUUAAUGAGUGUGUACAUAUUAGGGAAGUACAGAGGUGAGACUUCUUUUCCUUUCUGUACUUUUUGUUUUUCUUUCAAGAUUGCCUUAUGCUCAAAACUACCUGUUAUGCUGUGUUUGUUGAAAAAGUUCUGAAGGUCACAGAUGUAAGAAGGUAGAAAAGAAUAUUAUGUUAUGUUAUGUUAUAUUAUAUUAUAUAUUAUCACUGUAAUGCUGUGGCAAUUUUGUGAUGCUUUCAA